AAUCAAGUUGCUUAGUGUCAAGAGUAACUUUUAACGGUGAACAACAUCAACAAGAAAAGUUUCAUCUUUAAUGAGGACCUUUUUUUCACGUUUCUAGUGUUUUAUGUACUGAUCUAAACUGACAGCGAAUAUCAAGUGUAAUCAACUAAUUUAAUGUUAUCAAUCACCAUCCGUCAAUCACUUUUCAAAAUGGAUUUAUUCAUCAUUUCAUUCUUUUAUUCAUUCAUGAUAUCUAUUUUUCAAUUAUAUAUGAUUGACUGUUUGAAAAUAAAAAGUAUUUAUGUGCCCAAAGCGAUAACAAUCGGCGAAUCAGCUUGGUUAAACUGUUCAUAUGAAUUGGAAAAUGAUAAUCUCUAUUCAAUAAUAUGGUUCAAGGCAAAUCUUCAUGAUAUUAAUUUAAAAGACAAGAAACAGUUUUAUCGUUAUGUUCACAAUCAGGAUCCACCAGCAAGUACAUAUGAAACUCCUGGAGUUUAUAUUGAUGAAACCAAAUCAACUCGAGGAAGUGUUUAUUUGUACAAAAGUGAUCUUACCACUGAAGGAAAAUACAUCUGUGAAGUAAUUGCCGAUUCACCUUCAUUUCAAACAGUUACUCGAACUGACGACAUGAGAGUUCAUUAUUUACCAGAAAGUGGUCCAACAAUCGAACCUACGACAGCAACGAUAGCAAAUGUUGACUACAUCAAUGUUACCUGUAAAAGUGGUCCUUCCAAGCCAAAGGCUCGUCUCUCUUGGUACAUCAAUGAAGCUCUAGCACCUAAACAAUAUGUUUAUGAUGAAGAUUAUCUGUACAGUUCUAAAGAUACUUCGAAUGGUUUGAAGUCUUCACAAGUGCGACUUUUAUUUCCCGUUUUUCAACAUCACCCAAAUGAAAACUAUUAUCGACUUCGAUGUGAAUCUCAAUUUGUACAAAGUUUCUCUGAAAUAGCUCAGAUUUCAAUUAAACCUCUAAACCAAAGGUCAAAUGAUAAUUUUACUGCAGCUUUCAUCAUUGGAGCCAUGCGUCCUUCAUCAGGUCGAAACACUGAAUCAAUCAAUUCGAAUAACGAUUCAGUGAUUAGUAAAGAAGGAGAUUUGCGAAUUGACGGGUUAAAAACAACUUAUCACUCUAAGGAUCGAGUCAACUUGACCUGUCGAAGUGGCAAAUCUCCAGUUCGCUCAACUCCAACUAAACUUACUUGGUUAAUCAACAAUGUUGAGGCAAAUCCAGAAAUGGUUCAAACAUAUCCAGUCGAUUCAUUGGGAAAUUCAGCAUUGGGUUUAUCCUUUAAUCUGAAUCAAUCUUUUCUUAAUAAAUGGUCAGAUGUCGAUGAUCCUAAACGGUCCAAGAUUAUCCUUAAAUGUUAUGCUCUUUAUGAAGAGAUAUUAUUUCAAUCGAGUAAAGAGCAAACAAUUAGACGGAUAACGAGGGAAUCGAAGAGUGAAUCUGCCGCUGUCAACACUGCCGAUCAAGUUACAAUGAAUUCUGGUGCUGGCUCAAGGUUGCGCUUUGUUGAUCAAAUAAUGAAACUUUUAAUCACAAUUUUGGUCAUUCUGUGACCAGAAAAGAAAACUGAAUCGAGUCAUUUAAAAAAGAAAUGUAAAUAGAGUAAAUAUAUUUUUUGGUGAUUCUUUAAUCUGCUUGCGAAUAAGGAUUCAAAUGUGUACAAAACUCGUGAAACGAAAUUAACUUGCGACUAAUGAUGCCAAAAGGCAAUGACAUUAAUGAAACUCUGUUUGAAUGAAUGAAAAAUUGUAAAAUCAAAACUUUUAUUUACUGCAAAAAUAAACUUUUUUCUGAAAAAA